AUGAAAUCACUUGAAGCAAGUGAAGAUAAUGUAUAAAAAUAUUGUAAAUGUAAUAUAUUCAUUUAUAAUCAUAGGUGAUGAGAGAUGGCAAGAAGGAAUAUUCUAAGCAGAAGGAAUUGAAUAAAGAUAAAGAACUUUAAAAAAGACCAAUUUUCUUGUACAAUACACUAAAGAUAGAUGGAUACAUUAUAUUUAAGAUGGAUGUAUACUAAGAAAGUAAUGUUAAUAUUAUCUUUAGAGAUAGAGCGUUAUCGAGUAAUUUAUAGCCAGAAAUCUAUAAGAAUUUAGAGCAUGUUAAAUAUCUUAGAUGGAAAGGAGAAUAUGAAGGGAAUUAAAAAAAGGUAGGAAAGUGGAACGCAUUUUGGAGAGGUGAAAAUAUAAAAGUUGGAGGAUUUUAUAAUGAAAAUGGUUUGAAAUAAGGAAAAUGGGUUGAGCAAUUUCUAAAUUACUUUGAGUAACUGUUUUGCUUUGAAAGCAGUAUUUCUUAGGUCACUUAUUCAGGAUACUAUAAUAAAGGUGUAAAAAUGGGAGAGUGGACUUGUUAUCUAUAUGAUAAACAAAUGUAGAUUAAUACAUUAAUUUUAGAGCAAGUGGUAUUUAUAAUUAAUAUGGAUAAAAAAAUGGGAUUUGGGUUGAGCUACAUGAUAAUUUUAGUAUGUAUGAUCAAAGUAAUUUAUUAAAGUGAUCAAAUGGUAACAUUUGUUGGGGAAUACGAUAAUGGAGUUAAAUUUGGAAGAUGGAAUAUAUUCUUUCAAUCCAGUUUCUAUUAUGAAAGACAGUUGAUGUAAUAUAUCAAAAUACUUGAUAAUAGAGGUGGAGGAGAUUAUAAUGAAAAGGGAUUGAAAAAUGGAUUUUGGAUAGACAUUUAUGAAAAUUAUAAUCAGUUAUACCGUUAAGUUUAUUUUAUUAUUAGUGAAUAUGAAAUCUNUAUUAUUAUAUUUUUGAAUAAAACACAUAAGAAUUUUAAUAGAUUAUUAUUUUCAAACCUUUAUUAUGAUUCUAAUUAUUUUCCAAAAUAUGUAAAUCUUUAAUCAUGA